UAAUAUUAAUAUCAUCAUGUGGGAAUUUUCAAGAUCUGAAGAAAGGUAAAAAAAGAAUAAUAAAUUUGUGUGAUUUCCACCACGUUCCUCUUUUUCCUCCAUUGAAGCAGAGGAGGAGGUCUAAUAGACCUCAAAAACGGCACCGUUUUACUUCUCCUUCGGAUUCAUUAAUUUCAAUGGCGGAAGAAAAUUCAAGCAGGAAGAAAACGAUUCCACCUUACAUGAAGGCCAUUUCCGGUUCAUUAGGUGGAGUCGUUGAAGCUAGUUGUUUGCAACCCAUUGACGUUAUCAAAACCCGACUUCAACUGGACCGGACCGGUGCUUACAAGGGAAUUGCCCAUUGCGGCUCCACCAUUAUUAAUAAGGAAGGCGUAAGGGCUCUUUGGAAAGGGUUGACGCCAUUCGCUACUCAUUUGACUCUCAAGUAUGCGUUGCGUAUGGGUUCCAAUGCGGUUUUGCAGACAUCUUUUAAGAACUCGGAAACGGGUAAGCUUAGUCCGCAGGGACGGCUCAUGGCUGGUUUCGGUGCUGGUGUUCUUGAAGCUCUUGUUAUUGUUACGCCCUUUGAGGUGGUGAAGAUUAGACUACAGCAGCAGAGAGGAUUAAGUCCUGAGCUUCUGCGAUACAAGGGACCUAUACACUGUGCUCGUAUGAUUGUUCGUGAAGAAGGCAUUCUCGGUCUCUGGGCAGGUGCGGCGCCAACUGUUAUGCGUAAUGGUACAAAUCAGGCCGCCAUGUUUACAGCCAAGAAUGCAUUUGACACAAUGUUAUGGAAGAAACAUGAAGGUGAUGGGCAAGUUCUUCAGCCAUGGCAGUCUAUGAUAUCAGGAUUCCUGGCAGGGACAGCUGGUCCCAUAUGCACCGGGCCAUUUGAUGUUGUGAAAACAAGGCUCAUGGCUCAGAGUAAAUCUGGGGGCGAGUUGAAGUACAGAGGAAUGUUUCAUGCCAUCGCAACAAUACAUGCAGAAGAAGGAUUACGUGCCUUGUGGAAGGGACUAAUUCCCCGGCUCAUGAGGAUCCCACCGGGCCAGGCGAUUAUGUGGGCUGUGGCUGACCAAAUAACUGGCUUUUACGAGAGGACAUACUUGACAAAUGCACCUUUAUAGGUACUACUGCAGUUUUGUCCUCGCCUUUCUUUGUUCUGGUUCUUAGUUCAUUUUUCUGGCAGAAGCUGGACAAGUUUUGCCCUUUAUAGUUUCUUUAGCUAUUGAUUGAAGGCGAAAAUAAGAUGGUGCUACGCCUUAUCCACAUUUUCACUGAGAUGCCGCAACCAUAACAAUGUUUGUCUAGAUUACCUCCAUCUUUACAGGCUGGGUAACUGAAUUUUGCAGUAAAUUUGAAAUCUUUGAAGUCUC